UUGAAAGCUUGUGAAAAAUCAAAACAAAUUAGAAGAAAUUUAAUAAAACUACAAAUUAAACAGAAAUGAUGCAUAAAGCAUACACACUUCAUUCACCAUCAAAAAUAUCAGUGCAGAUUGAAUCAAUUGCAGGAUAUAGGAACAAUGUAUUGCUUGGAACAAGACAGGGACAUUUACUGCAAUACUGCUUCCAAGAGUCAGUGGAUGGAAAAAUGGAGCUUCAAUUGUUGCAAUAUGAUAAGAGUUUCAGUAAGAAGCCAAUUUUGCAACUUCAAGUGAUCGAGGAUUACAAUUUGCUGUUUAGUCUAUCCGAUAGCAUUUUAUCUGUGAAUGACAUCUCUCGUCACAACUUUCCACUGAUUCAUCUAGCUAUAAAAACCAAAGGAGCAAGUACAUUCGCAAUGGAUGUCCAGAAAACUCAAACUUUAACAGAUCAAGUGAGUCUUGUUGUCAGAGUUUGUGUAGCAGUUAAGAGGAAAUUGCAGUUCUAUUAUUGGAAGAGAAAUGAAUUACUUGAGUUUGCUCCAGACAUUGAACUUUCAGACAUCCCAAAAGUAGUUUCGUGGUCAGGAAAUUAUAUCUGCAUUGGAUAUAAAACAGAAUACGUUCUUUUUGACAUUUCCGACGAAAAAAGAAGGAAGCAAGAUCUAUUUCCAACGACCAGCUCGUCAAGAUCAAUUGAUCCAUGUGUAUCACUUAUUGAUAAUGAAAAGUUCUUUGCCGUCGUCAAAGAUGAGCACUUAAUAACGAUUCCAACUUCUGAUGAUGCUAAAAAUAAUGUUUUGUCAAUUGACAAUAAAGCAUCAAUUUUAGAUCCAAAGAGUGGCAAAUCAUUGCCAACAAUAACAUGGUCAGAACCACCAUCAAUUGUUGUUUGGGAUCAGCCUUAUCUUAUUGGAUUAGUGACUGAUUCUGUGGAAAUUCGAGUACUCGACAAAUCAGGUUUAGAAAAGGAUAAUUUAAUUCAGACAAUUCCAGAACUGCAAAAGGCUAGAUUUUUAAUUAAUGGACGAAUAAAUCAACAAGGAUUAGUUUUUGCAGCUUCCGUUUCUCAUCUUUGGUGCAUUGAAAGCAUUGAUAUUGCGACACAACGUCAGAAUUUACUUCAGGACAAAAAGUGGUUUCUUGCUUUACAAUUAACAUCCAUGUCUGAAGAAUCUGAUGAAGAUAAGCAGUCAAUAACUCAUGAAAUCCAAACGUUAUAUGCUUAUGACUUAUUUAUUAAUAAGCAAUUCCGUGAAGCUAUGCUUGAGUUCUCAAAAUUAAAAACUGAUCCAACAAAUGUCAUUAAAUUAUUUCCCGAUCUUUUACCAACGUCUUGUGAGCCACAACCAACUAUGAGACAAAUGUCUUCAUCAAUGGUUGAAUCUGAAUUAAUGAGGGAAAUGCCGAAGCUUACAGAUAAAGAUUUAGAAAAUGGCUUGCUGGCCUUAAUUGAUUAUUUGGUGGAAAUCCGUUCACAAGUUGGAAAGAUUCAAGGAAAUACAAAGGCUUUUGGACGAAAUCCCAAGGUUUUGCUCUCAAUAAUUGACACAACAUUGCUAAAGUGCUAUUUGGAGACAAAUGACUCCUUUGUGUCGUCAUUAAUAAGAUUAAAUAAUUGUCAUUUGGAGGAAUCAGAAAAGAUUUUAAAAUCAUAUAAAAAGUUCAGUGAAUUAAUAAUUUUAUAUCAGGUCAAAGGACAACAUAAACGAGCAUUAACAUUGCUCAAGACAUCACCAAAUUUUGGACAUGAAAGAAUUGUACAAUAUCUACAGCAUCUUGGUGCUGAUCAUAAAAAAUUAAUCUUUGAAUUUGCUGAUUUUGUCAUUCAAGAACAUCCUCAAGAAGGACUGAAAAUUUUUAUUGAAGAUAUUCAGGAAGUUGAGAACUUACCGCGUGCGGAUGUGCUUGAUUUCCUUUUAAAAAAUCAUAAAUCACUUGUCAUUCAAUAUUUAGAGCACAUCAUUAAUAUUUGGAAUGAAGUUAAGCCACUGUUUCAUAAUAUUCUAAUUCAGCAAUAUAAGGAACAAAUUUUCAAUCUCAAAAGUGAUCCAGACUUGGAAAAAGUUUAUCAAAAGAAGAUUGAAUUACAAAAUAUGCGUGACAAGCUCAUUAAUUUCUUGAAAACAUCAAAUAAGUAUGCAGCAGAUAAAGUUCUUGUAGAAUUUCCAUACGAUGAUUUAUUUGAAGAACGAGCUAUAGUUCUUGGAAAGCUUUCAAAGCAUGAAAAAGUCUUGGCAAUUUAUAUCCAAAUUCUUGGUGUUGUAGAGAAGGCAAUUGAAUAUUGUGAUCAAGUUUACUGCUCAGCAGGAACUAAUUAUACUGAAAUUUACAUAAUCUUGAUAAGAUUAUUGCUUAAUCCACCAACUGUAUCGCCGUAUAGUAAUGUUAAGCUUCAUCCUCAAUGUUUACAGCCUGACAUAGAAACUGUCCUGAAUGUUCUUGAAAAGAAUGCUAAGAGAGUCAAUCCACAUACUGUUCUCACUAUCCUUCCUGACAACAUUCCAAUCGUAAGACUGAAAAAGUUCCUCGAAGUGUCUCUGCACAACCAAUUAGAGCAAAAGAGGAAGUUCCAAAUGUUUAAAGGCUUGUAUUAUGCAGAGAAUCUACAGCAGAAGGAACAGAAUAUGAGUUGCGAAUCAAAGAGCUUUUUGAUCACUGAAAUGACUUUAUGCUCGGUCUGUAAGAAGAAAUUCAGCAAUCAGUGUGCAUUUGUAAGGCUGCCUUUUGGAGAGCUAAUACACAUUUCAUGUCAGGCAAAGGAGAAUUAAUCACAUAUUACAGACGUGUGCUAUAUUAUUUAUACAAAUUAUAAUUGGUUAAUAAUAUUAUUUUAUUA